UCUCUCUCUCAACUUAUUACAUCACAAUUUUCAACGAUAUCUACAAUGUCAAAGUGAUUGCAAUAUAAUACUAAAGUAACCCCCAUAUCCACCAGAAAACAAACGUAAAUUGGUCAAUCUUCUCUCUCCCUCUCUCCCUGUUCCCAUUUCUAACUUUUGGGGUUCUAUAAAUUGCACCUGUUUUAUCUGGGUUUUGGAACAAUCCUGGGAAAGAACAAAAAUCAGAGCUUAAUCUUAAGAAAUCUGCCACUUUGUUUGAAUCCCACUUCUCUGCUUCAUCAAUCAUGGCUGAGAUUUCAGGAUCAAGCAAUGGACACCACGCUGUUUCUUUGAACAUCAAGGAUGAUUCCACAGCCGUGACCAACGCAGAAUCAGCCGAUUGCAUAUCUGUUCCUUUCAUUCAGAAGUUGAUUGCAGAAGUGGUAGGCACAUAUUUCUUGAUAUUUGCCGGCGGGGCAUCAGUGGUGGUGAAUUUGAGCAAAAAUGGAGUCAUCACUUUCCCAGGGAUUUCAAUCACGUGGGGUUUGGUUGUAAUGGUGAUGGUGUAUUCCGUUGGCCACAUCUCCGGUGCCCAUUUCAAUCCUGCUGUCACCAUAGCCUUCGCCAUCACCAAGAGAUUUCCAUGGAAACAGGUGCCAGCGUAUGUGGUAGCACAAGUUCUUGGAUCAACACUAGCAAGUGGGACACUGAGGCUAAUAUUUAAUGGAACACAAGACCACUUUUCAGGGACUCUCCCAAGUGACUCAUAUCUUCAGACCUUUGUGGUUGAAUUCAUAAUCACAUUUUACCUCAUGUUCGUGGUGUCUGGUGUUGCCACUGACAAUAGAGCCAUCGGUGAGCUUGCUGGACUUGCCGUCGGCGCCACAGUGCUUCUCAACGUCAUGUUUGCAGGGCCAAUUACAGGAGCAUCAAUGAAUCCAGCGAGAAGUUUGGGGCCAGCUUUGGUGUCAAAACAGUUCAAAGGGUUGUGGAUAUACAUGGUAGCUCCAAUUUUAGGAGCAAUUUCAGGUGCUUUGGUGUACAAUACCAUCAGAUUUACAGACAAGCCUCUACGAGAGAUCACUAAAAGUGCCUCUUUUCUCAAAGGACAGGGUCGUAGCGCCUCACCUUGAAAAGCAGGGGUUAUGGCAAAAUGCCUUUUUUUUCUUUCUUGUACUUCAAAAUUUAGUGUAGAAAUAGAGUUAGAUGGCUUAGAGUGCGAGGAGAAACUUGCAUGUUUUUCCGAAUACCAAAUUGUUUUUGGUUUUACUUUUGAAAUAAAACAAGUAUUUGAUUUCACACAUGAACUUCAUUGGUGUUGGGACUCUAAGAAUCCCACAUCUCUGGAUUAGGAUAAGGGAUAAGUUCAAAUUACUUUGAUGGCUGUCGAACUUGUUCACAUGAAUCCUGUUCAUCAAUGCACAAGGUAUAUCUAA